AAAUACUUUUGAUGCAUUAAGUUAUUCUAUUGCGGAGACAUUAUUAUAUAAAGUGAUAACUUAAUAUUAAGAUUUUCUCUUAAAUUUUCUUACCUAAUUAGUCUAUGGUCCGGUGUACGUUGUGCACGACCUACUCAAGCCUUAAACUUGGAUAGUCUAACAAGAAAGACAACUCUGUAAAUUGAGUUGUAAAGUAGAAUUAAUACCAAUAGCAGAAGAAAUGAAAUGAAUGUUGAAGAGGAGGGAUUAACAAUCGCUAAAGAAGUCGUUCAAGGAAGAGUAUUUGGACAUAAGAGAUUUGAAAAUAUAAUACAAACGAUCUCUGUUGUGGCAGGAGGCGGGGGAAAUAUAACAUGUGAGUUUGAGGUAACAGAAGAACACAGGAAUAGUCACGGGACUUUACACGGGGGUAUGAUGUCACUGUUAGUAGAUGCCGUCACUUCCUGGGCUCUCCACACCAAAGUCAGGGACAGAAAUAGUGCUAGUAUUGACCUAUCACUACGAUUCAUAAAGCCUGCUAGAGUCGGAGAAACAAUUGUGAUUGAUGCAAAGACAGUGAAAUGUGGUCGGCGUGUGGCCUUCUUAUCCGCAGAAAUCCGCUCUGAAAAUGGCGACUUGUUGGCACAGGGAAAUCACACCAAACUCAUUAUGGAGCCAGGAUCCAAGCUAUGAGUACAAAAGCAAGCAUACUUGUAGCAGUCAAAUUGAAUUCAAUCAGAUUGUGGAAUAAUUCUGAUGUGAUAAUACGGUGUAUUUAGAAGAUAAUAUACUCAUUUUGUAUGUACUAAUUACACAAAAUUGAAUAAAUAAAAAUAUGCCUGAAA